GCAAAAAAACCUUAACACUCUCAAUUCUCUCUGAUUCAACCCAUUCACAUCUGACAUCUCAUAGCCGUCGCCGUCGCCGUCGCCACCGCCGCCGCCGACGCUCCUUCUCCCGUUCCUCCUUCCAUUCUCUCUGAUUCAGUGAUUGCUGUUUCCCUACCCUGUUCUGUUCUAGAUUUUAAGGAGGUUGGACACUUUCUAGCAGCAUUUCCUACACAAGUAAAAUCAAGCAUUCCUUUCUUCUUACCAAUCUUCGCGACUAGCAGCUUUGGUGUCAUUACUCAGAUAAUUUACUUGCAAGAUGGAAGAGCUGGUUUCUGAGAAACAUGUUCGAUAUAUAUUAUCUGUUGAAAAGAGGAAAGAUAAUUUUGAAUCUGUGGUGAUGGAGCAUCUAAGAAUGAAUGGGGCUUAUUGGGGAUUGACUGCUCUGGAUCUGCUGGGAAAGCUUCACACUGUGGAUGUUGAUGAGGUUGUUUCAUGGGUAAUGAGUUGUCAGCAUGAGUCAGGGGGAUUUGCUGGAAAUGUUGGACAUGACCCGCACAUCUUGUAUACGCUUAGCGCGGUGCAGGUGUUGGCUCUCUUUAAUAAGCUGGAUGUUAUUGAUGUAGAUAGGGUGACAAAUUAUAUUGUCAGCCUCCAAAAUGAAGAUGGAUCCUUUUCAGGGGAUAUGUGGGGUGAAGUUGAUACACGGUUCUCAUAUAUUGCUGUUUGUUGUCUAUCGAUAUUACGUUGCUUGGAUAAAAUCAAUGUGGAGAAGGCUGUGAAGUAUAUUAUAAGUUGCAAAAACAUGGAUGGUGGUUUUGGUUGCACACCUGGUGGGGAAUCUCAUGCUGGACAAAUUUUUUGUUGUGUGGGGGCGCUUGCUAUAACGGGGUCACUAGAUCUUGUAGACAAGGACCUACUCGGUUGGUGGUUAUGUGAGCGACAAGUUAAAUCUGGAGGUCUGAAUGGGCGUCCUGAGAAGCUCCCUGAUGUGUGCUACUCAUGGUGGGUUCUUUCUAGCCUGAUCAUGAUUGAUAGGGUUCAUUGGAUCAGUAAGGAGAAACUUAUAAAGUUCAUCUUAGACUGCCAGGACACAGAGAAUGGAGGAAUUUCAGACAGGCCAGAUGAUGCUGUGGAUGUCUUUCAUACUUACUUUGGGGUGGCUGGACUUUCACUUCUUGAAUAUCCUGGAUUGAAACCGAUAGAUCCAGCUUAUGCUUUACCUGUUGAUGUAGUAAAUCGAAUCUUCAUUAGUAAGUAAGGACACAAAAUUCAACAACACCUAUCCAUAACAAAGUCUGGAGUUUAGACUCAUUCUCUAUAAAAAAAGCUAUUGUGUUUCUUUUAA